ACAGGCAUUUCAUCAUUCACACUUCCACAAACACACAUAUUUUCCUGCAUGUGUGUGUGUGUGUGUGUGUUAGUGUAGUAAAAGGAGGAGGUCCCUGGUACCUCCUCCUUUUACUACGAUUACACACACCCUUUCUCUCUCUCUUUCUCAGUGCUGCUCGCUCGCUCGCUCACAGGGCAGCAGUGGAUGUACGUUCGAAUGCAUAGAAAGCAGCUUCUCGUUUGCUACUCUCUUUAUACUUUUUAUUUUUUUAAGCUGAAUUAUUGCCUCUGAGUUUCUGACCUGUGCUGCCACACUGUACUGAAUCAGGAUGAACACCAACGCCUUCGUCACUGACGUGCAGUCCAGGUUGCAGAGGGCAAAGGACAUCAAGGAUGAGGAGAAGUUGUACAGAUACAACGGGGUGUUGUACCCGCGCCUCAUGUGCCCCGAGGAUCAUUUAAAGGCUCUGGAGGACCUCGAGGCCAGAGAGGACGACAUCAUGCUGGUGGCUUAUCCCAAAUGUGGAUUUAACUGGAUGGUGGGGGUGGUGAGGAAGAUGAUUGCAGAGGCCACAGGGAUGAAAAUGGAAUCCAGGAUGCCGCCGCUGAUCGAGUUUUUUGGACCGGAUGUCGUAAAGGUCAUGGAUGAGACUCCCUCCCCGAGGUUUCUGGGGACUCACCUGCACCCCGACAACAUCCCUGCUUCCUUCCAUGCAAAGAAAACUAAAAUGCUGGUGAUCUUCAGGAACCCUAAAGACACUCUGGUGUCCUUCUAUCAUUUCUCCAACAACAACCCGGUCCUCCCCUCCAUGCAGUCCUGGGAAUCUUUCUACUCCCACUUCCUGAGUGGAGACGUUCCUUGGGGGUCAUACUUUGAUCACGCUCUGGCCUGGGAGAAGAGGAUGGACGACCCCAACGUCAUGAUUGUCACCUAUGAAGAGCUAAAACAGGACCUGAGCGAGGGCGUCCGCCAGAUCACCACCUUCUUUGGCUUCAGCCUGACGGAGGCUCAGGUGCAGCAGAUUGCAGAGAAAAGCACCUUCACCGCCAUGAAGGAGAGCUCCGCCAACUCACACGGUGCUCUGGGAAACGUCAUCUUCAGAAAAGGCGAGGUCGGGGACUGGAGGAACCACUUCACACCAGAACAAAGCCGAGAGAUGGACGACGCCUUCAAUAAACACCUGGCAGGAACCAGGCUGGGAGCCAAACUCAACUACCAAAUGCACUGUCAGUAGGAAGCAAGAGAGGAAGGAAAGGAGGGGAAAGAGGGAGGGAAAGUAAGUAGAAGAAGAGCUUGGGGGGCUUUUCUGCCCUGAGCUGAGUCAGACAGACCUCCUCCUCAGGAAAUGCACAGAUAUCCCUCUUCACCUGGUUGGUAGAGGAGGUUCUUUGGAGGCAGUUCAGGGCCAAAAGUUCUUUUGUCACAUGCAGGCUCAAAGAAAGUAGGAGUAAAAUGAAGAAAGAGAGGGAGCAAGAAGGAAACAAGUGCGUUAUGGGUUACUGUCUUAUUAAAGGUGUUAAAUACGGGAUCGAGAGCAUUUCUCGGUGAGGGAGAACUGGAGGGGCCAUGAGCUAGCCAGUGUAUAUAUAUAUGAAUAUGCAAUAAAAGCAUGCACGGCCGACCCGGUGAUGUCAACAAAGCAAGGAGAAGCUCAGAUUACAACACACACAAGAGCGACUUCAUUCUCUGCUCAGGUAGACAUUGCUCCACUACAUAGUAAAUAGUUGUUUGUUGCUAUAUUAAUGCUCUGGAUAUCGAAUUUAGCACCUUUAACUCCAACCUGAGAACUUUUGUUGCUGUACGAGUUCUACAACAGAAAGCUUUAAAGGAAUAGUUUCACAUUUUGGCAGAUUGUAUAUCUGUGUUCAGCCCCCUGCUAAGAACUAGUUAGUAGUUUCUGCACUUUGGUUUUUCUACGGAUUAAAAAAAUGAAAUAUAAAAUGUGAAUAAGCGAGCUCAAGAUUUUUUAAAACUUUGGACAGAGCCAGGCUAGCUGUUUCUAGUCUUUAUGCCAGUGGUGGAAUGUAACUAAGUAUAUUUA